CAGCAGAUUGUUGGCGAUGAUGAGUAAAGGAGGACCUUAUUGUUUUUGUUUGGUUUAAGCUGCUCAUGGAAUCCGAGGCCUCUUGAGACAAACUGAAUAUACAAGAGAAUCCAUGUUCUAAAACGCAGUGCAACAGGAGUCAAGUUUUCAUAAAGGUGCCUAAACAUCUAGGGGCCUAAACAUCUUGGGGCCUAAACAUCUUACCUGGGGCCUAACCGUCUUGGGGCCUAAACAUGUUGGGGCCUAAACAUCUGCAAUUCCCGCGUACGAUUUAAUUUUACCGUAGCACAGUUUCAGAUACAGGAAGAAUUAUGAACAUUUGAAUAAUGGGACUUUUACUGUUUCGUGCGUGUCUAGUCAUUAACGCAUUUAACAUCGCCACAGAAAAUCCAGUUACAACGAAACCUUAUCGAUUUCCUGUUUAUCCUGUUAACGAAUGUCCUAGAAGCAAAGAUGAGUUUAAAACAGCAGCACAAAGAAGAAAUUGCACAAAAGGGUUACGAUAUUUGUGUGCCCCCAAUAAGUACCUAUCAUCUCUAAUAGAAUUUUGCACAGACCGACAAAUAAGUCUUUAUCAAGAAGGUAACUGUGUAAUACUGGAAGGUACAGGUGACCUGGAUCAUUACAGCUGUGUGGAAAAAUUCAACAGUAGCUGUCCUUUGGAAUUUUAUAAUGAUGAAGAAAUCUAUAAAUACCCAGCCUGCUUAGAAAUAGAUAGGGAGCUCCGGUGUUUUUCUGCUGACAACGGUUGCAAAAAAAGAGAAUUUCAUACUACAGAAUCUCAUGGAUGGCUUGCAAUUGGUUACAUAAUUGCAACUGCUGCAGUUUUAGCGGUGAUAAUAAUAAGCUGGAUCAUUUUUCAAAAAAGAAAAAGGGAGCAAGUUCAGGAAUGUAAAGACAAUAAUAAAAAGGUGUCUUUACUAAAAGAUAACACGGAAAUAGAUGAUGAUAAACUCCUAUGUAAAGGCGAGUUUAAAGUUUGCCAUGUUAAAUGCACCAUAGUUGGUUGUGCAAGUGCGGGGAAGACGACUCUUUUAAAAAGAAUAACGGACAGAAAUGGUAGAUUUCCACGUUAACAGUUUUGAGGUUCUGUUAGAAGAGAAAACUAUUUAAAGUAACAUUCUUUGCAUUUCUAUUUGUAGCUCCCCUAUAUCAAAAUGAAGCUUUCAAUUUUUUAUCUUAAUUUGAUUUUAAUAGAAUUAGACAUAAAAUGCCAUUUUAUAGCUUCAACAAAAAAGAAAAGUUCCAUAUUUUCAAGCAGAGACGGUAGAGGGAGGCGUGUCAUAAGAAGAUUUAAUUUUUGAUUGUAAAUUAUGAAAAUAGUGUUCGCUAAUGAAAAGUGGGAUACAGCGAUUGGUGAAAAUAUCUACUUUAAAAAAAAAUGAUAUAACAUCAACAACGGGCACUGCUUACAAUAGGCGGUUUGCAAACUUUACAUAUUGAAGGGAAAAUAAACAUUUUGCAUCUUGACAAAUACAACUACAAUUUGUGAUAAUAUCAUGACGCAUCUUUAGUUGGAACACGACUCGGUGAAUUUUACUAUAAGAGUUGUUUGUUUUGAAUAUGUGAUACAGAACGAUCCAUGUAUAAACUGAUGAUCAAUAUUUAAUUGAGACUCCUCCCAAUGACACUGGGAUAUAAGUUGAGCAUAAGAAUGUAUAUUAAAACAAGUCCAAUUUUUAAGGUGCACUUUUCUUUCUUUAGUGUUUCUUCUAUUAUCGCAUCAGGAUCUUGGGUUUAUUUUGUUAAAAUAAACCCAAUUUUUUCUUGGCAUAAACCGAAUUUCAUGAAUUCUGUAAACCUAAAUGUGUUAACAUUUCUAUUUGUUGGUUUUUUUAGCUUAUAAAAUAUAUGUUACCUUUGAUAAUUUUACCGGGCACAUAUCUUCAACACAUAAACAUGGUAAAUCAAUUUUCUUUUCAUCAAUCCUCCCCGAGUUAUGAGUUUAGAAAAAUAGUGUUGAAAUGAUUUAUUUUAGAGCAUGAAUCGAUAAUUGUGAAGCGAGUCUAUUAUCGGCUUAAAGUAUUACAUUAUUUGUCGAUUAUUGUUCUUUUUAUAACACAUCAGCAUUCAGAAUAUUUUUUUCGUAACUUUUUUUCUCUCUUUUGAAGGAAGAUAUUUUGAUAGAAAAUGUCUCCUCCACCCUUUUAUUGAAUUUAAAAUUUGUUUGGCAAUUUUAACUUUCUGCAAUAAUAUUUCAGUUGAUGGAAAACACUUCGGAAAAUGUAAUUCAACACGUCCAGUUGCUUCCAUUGCUCAUUACUUUUUGCCUAUGAUUUCUGAAUAUUUUGUUCUUUCGAUGAUUAUUUCAUAAAUAAUCUUGAAUGUCAUUUUUUUUCUUUCCAUACAACUCUUUUAAAACCUUUAGCAGUUUGAAUUUUUAAUCAUUGUAAUUCAUAAAGAUCAGUUUAACAGAAAUCAGUUGUUUGUCCCAUGCAAAUGUUUACGCCCAAGAAUAUCUAUCUAUUUUAUAUGUCUAUAAAUAAAGUUGCUCUAAUUCACAUUUAUAUUAUUGGCUAUAUAAUGUAAUGUAACAUGCAAACAACGUAUUUAAACAAAAUAAUCGCUUGAUUUGUUAUUUUCAUUUAAAGACGUCCUUGUUUAUUCUUAAAUAAUGAUAACGUGUACAAAAAUUUGAUUUUUGUUACAUGUUGACUGCCAUAAGUGUUCACGACGUUUGAUGUUUUAGCUUUAGCUAUGAUCAAAAUACAUUGAGUUGUUUUUAACUUUAAUGGAACAUCGUCACGAUCUUGGUCAAAAAUUAUGUUUCCGAUUUUAAUGUAAACAAUGCUUUAGUAAGGCAUUUUUAAUAGGCAACCAAUACUUUAUUGUCAUUUGUUGAGUUUUAAGCGAGUUACAGAGUUUACAAUUCUUUGCAAUUUAAACAAAGAUUUGUUUACAUUUUAAAUGUUGAAGCGAAAAUUCAGGUUUUAGACAUACACCGAAUAUGCUGAACGUUAGGAACUGUUUAUUUAUGUUUAAAAUAAGCAGGAACAUAGUCAAAUCAGCUUGAUAAAGAUUGUUAGUGGUAUAUUAACCCAAGUAAACAAAAACAGGACAGGACCCUUGUUUACAUGACAAAGAAUUGUAAGCGCUGUUUCUUGCUUAUAACUGAACGACUGACUCUCAAAUUUCAUUUCAUGAUUAGAAAUGCAUUCUUAAGGCAUUGUAAAUAAUAAAAGCUGAAAAAUCGUGGCCAUGGCCCUUUAACGUUCAAUUAUA